AUGGUUUACUUGAUAACAAUGAUGUCGAUCAUCGUUAUUUGUGCUACAUCCAAGCUAGCCAGAAAAGCCAAACGUUCAAUGGUUAGUGGGCGAAAGUGUAGUCAACCAAGUUGUUCAACCAUUCCAGCAAACGCUUUCGAACUAGCUCCUCUUCCUGGUUUAUCAGCAGUUCUAAUCUGCACCGUAAUUUACGCCGUAAGUACAAGCGCACAGGGAUGCCAGCAUGGUUACAUGCGACACAACACACAUUUAGUCUGCAAUGGAAAAAUCGGUGCCGUUACGAAUACGACAGAGUUGUACUUCAACAGGCUUCAGUCAGAGCUAUGCAUUGAAAUUUUUACGGAAAUAGGACAGUGGGCACAGCCAAAUUUGUCGAAAAAGUGGAAUUCAAAUGUGCUAAAGUCACUUCACAAGAAUGACAAGAAGAUGCCCACGAUUCCCGGAUCCAGUCUCCAAAACAGCACAGGCGACAAAGCUAAACCUGUGCGUCCUCUGCCUGAAAACGGCACAUGA